AAAUAUGGGACUGCAUAUUUUUUGGCCAGCAUCCACUUGUUUAACCCUUUUGGUUGUCUGUGUAAUAAUAAUUUUGUUAAGAUAUGGUUCGCGUAUUUGUAAGCUACGGCACGCACCGUUGCCGUCUGAUCGAGAAUGGGAAGAAAAGGCGUAUUCUCGAAAACUUUCAGUUUCUAUGGCGUAAAAUUAGAUAGAUAUCACCAUAUGUUUUCACUUCAUGUUAUGGAUCUGUUUCGUAUUAGAAAAGAAUUUAGAUUAAAUUAGAAUUUAUUUUAACAUACAAGUAUGUGUUUAUUAUAUAUUUCAGAGUAACACUUCAGAUCUGAAAAUUCUUUACAAGCAUACCUUAAAAAAAUUGCUUUGACAGCACAUGCAGGCAACAUCAGUUUUCUACUUUAAGAUAAUGUAGUUAUGUGCCUUAAAAAUGUAAUUCCAUGUGUCUUUUAUACGUUAUCGUUUUAUACAUAGAGUAAGGAAUUUUAACGAAUCUUCGUCCAUUCAAAUUCUUUCUCUUUAAUGACGAUUUGUGUCAUGAAAAUUCAUAAAAUAUUUUCUUCUUCACUAAGAUAACUUCUAAACGUAUAAACAUUAAUUUAAGGAAUGAUACGUAUAACAAAGUAAGCAAUAAUUUUUAAAUUCUGUGUUGAAUUUAAAUAUAUUUCAUGACACAACAUGAAAGAAAAGAAAGAAAGUAUUUGCGAAAGAAGAUUAUAUAAUUAUAUCGAAGAAAUUAAAAUCUGUAUCUGUAUGUAUUAUCUUUGAACUUUUGUAUUUUUUAUAUGGUUUUCAUAUAAAUAAAAAAUGCUUGUCUUCACAUAAAACAUGCAUGCAUUAUAUGUGUUUCACUUAUUAAAAAUUCAAAUCAAUUUGCUUUGAUUGAAAAUCAAGAGGUUUAUCAACAGUUUUGUAUAUAAUAUUUAGUUUUUAUUGACAACAUUGGAUUUUUAUUACAUGUGUAACGGUUACACAAUUAUUUAAUAAGUAAGUAGAUACAUUAUACAAUUUUUGCGUUCAGUUAUAACGUCAGCUUGUAAAUAAAUUACUGACGACGAUUUCCCACGAGCUACGAGAUAUUUGAUUUAAGAAAUAUGAAUUUGAUUCGAUUGCCUAGGGCCUAGGCAACUAAAACCUGAACUUCCUAUUGAAGACAUCUUUCUUUCGAACAUGUCCUCCUUAAUCGACUAAUAUUUCCCGCUUUGUUUUGAUCUGAUUUAAACUCUCCCGCGACUACUAUAUAGAAAGAUACCGAGAACAGAAUUUCUUCUCUGGUUUUAUUAUUUGGUUUCAAAUUCGCUAAACAUGUUUAAUCUAUUAACGUGAAUACUAUGAAUGAUUCAAAAAACUUCGAAUGGCAUAAUCAAACAAUUCAAUAACACAAAAUUGGAAAGACUUUUGAUUAUGUUGCAAGUACAAUGAUGGAUCGAAAUUUGAAAAAGCAAUUAACGCUUCCUCUCGCCAUGAUACUUCACUCGCGUUUUAAGAACAAUUUUAAUCUCUAAUCGUUAGCGUACCUUCUAUCGUUAUUAUGCUAUGUUACAAUGCGUUUAAAACACGAAGAACUCCCAUCGAGUUCCACACAAAUAGAGGUCAAGCAUGUUAUUAUUUAAUUACGUUUUAGUAGACGUUUAAUGGUAGUUAAUUAGAAGAAACCAUAGAACGUAAUGCUAUCUUACUCUAUCGAUAGAUUCGUUUUUUUAUCUUUUCUUUUUUUAUGCAUAAUGAUGAUAUGAUGUACAUAUGUAGUCUAAUCUACGAUCAUUGAUACCGAUCAAUACGAUCGAUCCGUAUAGUGCGCGUGUUCGCUGAGUUGUUCUUUUUUCUUUUCUUUUUAUACAGAUACGCCGUAUAUAUCCAGCAUCAUUACCUGAAUCAGCUGACUUGACUUUGUAAAAUUUUUCUCUUGUUUUGUAUACAUCUAGACUUAAAAACAAAUACAAUUUUGUAUUCGGGAGAGGGAAAGGUUUGAUUUCUAUAGUUUCAAUGGAACACCUCGUAGAGACGAGUUCUAAUUAAUUUAAUUAGCCCCCGGAUCUACGAGGUGCCUGAGACUUUGCAUUAUGUUAAUUUGAUUUUCAUGCUCAUUUGGCUUUCGUUAUUAUUAAGUUUUUCCAUUCAGAGAUAAUACGAGACACAUAUAACGACUGUAUAUAUCGACGUUUCAUUUUAUGCAAGGUUUACGUCUUGUCGAGAAGAAUCAUUAGUACAUAUCGGAGAAUGGUAAUAAUUAUUAAAUCGUGCUUAUUACGUAAGUCGCUGAUUCCCAAACUUAAGGACGCGGCAGUUUUUAAAUAACACUUUCCAAUUUAUUUCAUUUCAACAAUUACGAGAAAUAUUUAUUUAUUUUUAAUUACAAUUCCUUUCCUUAUAAAAGAGUAGUUUCUUUUCUUUUAUCAUUACUAUAAUUAAAUUUAUGAAUUGCGUUGGAACCUCGAUUAUGUCCUAAUAAAAGUAAAAACGUCCGAGAAGUUUGGAAACCUUUGGAUGUAUAAGACAUAGUUAACAUCGAACACUGUAUAUUAUCUAUGCGAUAGUUGAGAAGAUAUAAUCUUUGUCCACAAACAUUGUACCUGGUUUUAAGUAUAAAUAUUGUCAAUGAAAAAAUAAACCGAACAGAGAGUCAGCUUAAAACACAUUACGCGUAAGAAUGUGCGCGGAAAGACUUCUAGCGGAUUCAAUGAAUUGAAUAUUUGCGUCAAUAGCGAGAUCGUUUAUUCUUUAGAGGAAGACAAAGUUAAUGGGCAUUUUAAAAACAUAGAGUUUAUUAUUUUGUUCCUUCAAUCCUUCGAUCCUUUAAUCUUUCGACGCAUACUAAAAAAAAAGAUAAACUACUUCUAACUGGGGAUUUCUAGCACGCUAUGAUCGAUAAU